AUGACUACAAUGAAGCAGUUGUUAGUGGGAAAAUAUGGUGCCGUUAUUUGGAAUCCUCACGACAACAAUGACUCUGUCAGGCUAGAAAGGGUUCAACGAAAAUUCAUGAAGUAUGCUGGAUUUCGUUUGAAUAUCCCCUGUGAACCUCAUAACUACGAACCAGUUGCUACUCAGCUAGAACUGGGUUCCUUGGCUGAGCGUAAGUGGUUGGCGGACAUCAAAUUUUUAAAAAAUGUAUUAGAUGGAAUUAUCGACUCUCCUGAAUUGCUUUCCUUAAUCUGUUUGAGUGUUCCUCAACGUCCUUCCCGAUCUGUUGCUCCUUUUUAUGUCACUUUCGCCUCCACAAACUAUCUAAAAAAUGAACAGAUUUGA